AUGCCAACGAACACGAAGCUGUGGCAAGACCCUGUGCUGGGCUACUUCGAAACACACGGCAAAAUGAGAUUCGUUGCCGGCGAGGAUUACGGCAUCAGCGACGACGAGAAAAAGGUUCAUUCUGCUGGCAAACUUUGCGAACCCCAACUUACGCUCCUCACCGACUGCCGCAGCUUCAGAAAGGGAUCGAGCUGGCACCGAAGUGAUCCCAGCAGGUAUCCGCCGUUCAUGGUGCUCGCCCUAAAGACAUUCCCAGUGCAAGGCGAUCCGUCCACUUUGCGGUCAGAGCGUGUAGGCGCCAUCCUGCAAGUUUGGCAGUCGCUCAUAAUUCCAGAAUAG